CCCCGGCGCGGAGCACGCGGGACUCGGGACCCCGAGCGCCCGGAACCGGCCGGGCCGAGGUCCAUCCAUUUCUCUGCAAAUGACAUAGAAUUAUUCUUCCUGACAGGGGUGGAAAAUGGUCCAGGCUGAGCCCACGCCAGAGGAGGAGCCCCCAUUUCUGCCCCACCAUGGAGGAGCCGAGCCCCGAGCCCGUGUACGUGGACGUGGACAAGGGCCUCACCCUGGCCUGCUUCGUCUUCCUCUGCCUUUUCCUGGUGGUCAUGAUCAUCCGCUGUGCCAAGGUUAUCAUGGACCCCUACAGCGCCAUCCCCACGUCCACCUGGGAGGAGCAGCACCUGGAUGACUGAAGCCCCCAGGGGGCCCCAGCCCUGUCCUGGUCCCCCACCUGGCCCCCACCCCAGAGGCCCGCGGGGAUCCUACCUCUGGACCAUGGGGGUGUACCGAGGCCUGCACGGGUCACAGUGGCCCGGGGACGGGUCCGGGGCUCCUGGGGCUCCAGGCAGGGGGGCUGCUGUGAGGCCCCAGUGGCCUCUCCUCCACCCCCUGUGCACCUCAGGGAAGUGAACCCCGCAUGGCCAACUCCCCUUCAAAGAGAUCGGGACCUUCAAAUGCACAGCAGCACACGGGUGCUGAGACCAUGCCCGGAGCCCAGCCCCGGUCCCAGGGCCUGGCCAGGGGGAAGGCCGUGAGGGGCACACAGAGGACUGGGGUGCCUUCCCCCCAUAACAACAGCACAAAGGCGCACAGGCUGCUUCCAACUAGUGGUCUGUUUCGUUUUGUUUGGAAGUUAAAUUAUAGAAGGAUAUAUUUUUCCUGUUACAAAUAAUAUGUGAAUGGUAGAAGCAUGUACACAUAGAAAGAUAAAGGAAUUGGGGGUGGCCCUGCUGCACCCACACUUUCCUGGAA